AUGACCAGUGACGCGCGAAACAUGCCGGAGGGCGCUCUCUUCCCCGCGGCCGAGAACGCUUCUGCCGGGUGGCUUGGCGCCCCGGCGGCCUCGCCGUCUCACCAGGUGUUUCUCCGAGGAGAAGUCUUGGAGCAUGCGCUGCUCGCCCCGGCCAGAGGCGGCGUCUGGGGCGUCGACGGCGUGAGCAGUUACCUGCAGGCUUUUGCGAGGAACAUCAGCGAGAAGCGAAGAGGCGGACAGCGCGGACACGGCUUCGUGUCUCUUCUCGACUGGAUCGAGUUCAACCGGACUUGGGGAAACCUCGGACCCGCAUCGGCGGACUUGGCCGGCUCCGGCCUGUCGCCCCACCGGGCGCUGAGUGCCAGUCAGAGCUGCGUGUUUGCGCCGCUCGACGAGGAGGAAGUGCACGUUUUCUGGCACCUUUUUGUGGCGGUCUUGAAGGUCUACGCGGCGUCACUGCACUCGCAGAAACAGGUAGAGUGCGGGGAAGUUCGCCUCGCGUCUGACCCAGACAGCAGUUAUGCCGCCCGUUCCCCGUCCAACGACGAAGGCUGUGCAGAGGCGUCCAGCAACCUGCGCUCUCUCACCUUCCUCACUCCGCCUGACGACUUUGGCAGCACCGUGUCCGACCUCUCUGGCGCCUCGCCUAGCUUGCCGGGGGCCAGCGCGCCUGGCGACGACUCGGGCAGUCGACGAGGUCCUUUCGCCGCUCCUCAAACGGCGCUGGAGAGAUCGCUGGCAACCUCGCAGAUGGGCGAGCGCGUGGAUCUCCGCGCACUCGCCCUCCUGCUUCUCAUUCAAGAAAGCCGCAGCGUGCGCCUGCCUCUGAACCCGCGAAGCACCGACGAUCCUUGGCGAGCGCCGGCUUCGGGCCUCCCAGAGGGCGGAAGAGACUCGAGCGGGGGAGGCAGUCCCGGAGGCACUUCGGCGCUUGCCAGUGGCGGCGCGCGAGGCGAGUCGCCCAGUGCCGAUGGCCACAGCGUCGCCGAGGCUUUUUCGCGGUGGUCCUCGGAGCGUGGAGGUCCGGACGAAGCAAACCAGCACUUUGGCAGGAAUGCUUUUCUAACCUGGCUGAGGCGGAGGCUGGUGUGGAACGAUCGACUGUACCCGUCGCGUCAGAAUCUGGCGGCGAGUUGCGCCUUCUUCUCGGGCGCCAAACGUUCUCAGCUGUUCGCGCGCGUGUUUGUAGUCGCGGAAGUUCACGGACGACGGCUGGUGAUCGACAAGGAAAGUCUUGGGACGGUCCAGCCUCGGGAUCAAGUGCUCAUCAUCAACUGCAGCGAAUGCGAUAUUUUCCUUAGUGCCCCGGUCGCCUCCGUGAAGAUGGUGAACUGCUCCAGCGCGUCGCUGAUAUGUGGCCGCCCAAUAGGCGGCCUUCUCUCCCUCUACAACUCCCAGCGUCUCGAGGUACAUGCGGCGGCUUUCCUUCUCCAAGCAUGCAAUACUCUGGACGCACACCUCUACGUGUGCAGUGCUUCCUCUCCUCUUCUGUGUGGCGACACGCGCGGGAUUGUUCUCGCGCCGCUCGAUACGCCUCUGUCUCUGAAAGACGUAAAGCGGGGAAAAAGGGGCAACGAAAAUCGACCACCGGGCGAAAGGCCCGACGGCGCCGAAGCAGGCGAGACGACGGACACCCCAGACGGCGAGGAGGAAGUAUACAUUUUUGGGCGCUCGCUCUCCUCCGUAGCCACGGCCUUUGCAUUUCCUCUCUGCGGUGGGGGUUGUGGGCCGGCCUCUGCGUCUUCGGCGCUUGCUUCUUCGUUUCCGCCUCCCCCUCUCCCUGCUGGAGAAGGCGCAGCUACGCGCUGCAGCAGCGCAGGAGGGCGGAGCGUCGCGGGAAACUCGCAGAUUUUCCAGCUCUUGAACCCCAAGAAUUUCAACCCCAUCUCGAUGCCCAGGCCGACGCGCUGGCAGAAUGCACGCGUCGCCUCCGACGUUUCGCAGCGCUCCCAGUCUCAUCCACAAGCUUCUGAGACCCAGGAAAAAGCGGCAGGAGUGAGAAGGAAGAGGUUAGACGAAAGCGAGGCGACGGCGCGAAGUGAUGCCGACGGCGAAGACGGGGCCGGCGGAGACGCACACAGAGAGGAGAAUCUUCUUGCGUUGCCGGAGGACUUCGCCGAAGCUCUCUACGCGAAGGAGCAAGAGGGUGGAGAGUCUUCAGGAAGCCAUGGAGAACAUGAAUCUGACGGACCAGCAGCGGGAAACCUUCUUUCAAAUCCUCUCUCUCAUGCUCUAGUUGCCCGAUCAAGAGAGGCGAGUACAGGCAGUAUUGGAUGCUGA